UGUAGGUUGAUGGUUCUUUGUUGUGAUGUAAUUUGUCAACGUCAAAAUGGGUUUGUCUCGAAUUUUUAUCGUAUAUGGUUAUAAUACUUCUUUAUUUUUCGCUUAGUAUAAUAUUUUCCAAUCUCAAAAGAUUUUUUAAAAUUAAAAACCUAUUGAUUAUGCAUUUAUAAAAAUCAGCUCAAUAAACAAUAACUUCAGAGGUUAGGAGAUCUAACCUCCAAAUCGGUUAAUUUCUUUGAUACGUUUUCCUGAGCAAUGUAUCGGAUAGAAUCAAUCGUUACGUCUAUCAUCUUGAGCUAUGUGGAUAGGUACAUCAAAAAUUUUCGUCGACAAGAUGCCCAGGUUUCACUGUGGCAAGGCGAUGGCGUAUUUCACAACUUGGACUUGGAUUUGGAAGUGCUGGAGCAGGAACUCAAUCUGCCAUUCAGCUUCGUUUCCGGACAUAUCAAUGAACUACUCAUCCAUGUACCUUGGACAAGAAUCGCAUCGGAGCCUGUGCAGAUAACAAUUAACACAAUAGAAUGUGUAAUGAAAUUGUGCCCCCCUGGAGGUCGCCCACCUCCUCCUCCAGAACGACUUAGAAGGCAACAGUCACAACCGCCUGACGAGCAAACGCCUCAAUCGCAAAGCUAUAGGUCAAGUCUUGUUAACAAAUUGAUAUGCAAUCUGUCAAUCACUUGUAACAAUUUUAUUCUUAAAUAUGUUGAAGAGGACAUUGUACUCUCAAUGAACAUCAAGAAUUUGAGUCUCAGUUCUGUUAAUGAGAAGUGGGAACCAGAAAUAACAGAACUGAGUGUGACAUCUCUGAUCUUGAGGAAGCUUAUCUCUUUGUCCGAUGUUACCAUUUGUCUUGACAAACGAAAUGCUUCUGGAAGAAUAGAAUCAUACAUGGAACCACUCUUAUAUCGUUGCUUCUUGACAAUCCGACUGAGCAGACUGUAUGCUUCGCCGACUGCAAGCAAAGCCAUGUCAACUCGGAUGGACGUCUUCUGUGAGAAAAUGGCGUUCACUCUCAGUGAAUCUCAGGUCCCAAUGCUCAUGAGAAUGUUUGCUCUCGCUUUGGCUUUGCAUAGGAAGCAGUUGACUCCACAAAUGUCUCAGACUAAUUUGGCUGACAAUAAUUCAGAAACUAGCGCGGAAGAGCAUGGUGCUGAUAAUAAUGGUUGUGAUGAUUCUUGGAGUACUUGGGUUUGGAGCUUUGUGCCGUCCAUCUUGCCGCUUUCCGAUGAUGAGAACCUCGAUGAAAAGAAUCAGAGCCACACCUUCCACUUUGGAUUCUAUAUCGACAAUUUCACUUUAGCGCUGAAGUUUUGUAAUGUUUCAAUUGACGUGCGUGGCUGCUUGAUGGAGUUGGAUUCGCUCGAUAGUGAUUGGACGAACGUGCAGGCUGGUGUCAGCCAGAUUACCAUUGAACCCUGUGGAGAUUGCUGCUGUGGCACAGCCGAACAAAAUCAGGUACCUUACUUGACGGCUGGAAGUCAUCAAGAUUCUUUUCUGUCUGGCUCAUUAUUUGGAAGUACUGGAACCAAAGUUACUGAACGGUCUUGGGAUUAUCAUCUGGCCACUGUGACAGAAACAACAUUGCUGGAGAAAACACCCGCAUUAGCUAUGGACUACUUGUUCUCAAUCGAAAAACAACCGUACUUAGAGGAAGAUGAUGAAGACUAUGAAGAAAGGAACAAAAAUCCUUUGGAGCGAGUUCUUUUGCGAUAUGUAGCAGAUCAUAUUACCGUUAGAGUUUGCUCUGGAGUUAUUCAUAGAACGCAAAUGAUCAUGAAAGCAGCAUCUACUUACGAUUAUUCACCGUAUAGCACUCAUUAUACAUCACAUACUACUGUCAAUGUAAAUGAAAACUCAUCAGAAGCAGAGCCACCAAAUUUGGACGAUGUUAAACUAGUUAUACCUCAACACACGACAAGAUUCACGCUGUUCCAUCCAACUUUUGAAAUUUAUCCAGCCAAUCAUUCUCCCGUACAACCAUCUGCUCUUGGUCGGAAGAUAUCGAGAUCAAAAAGCCGUACCCAUAUAUCUCCAGUUGGCCUGCCCACAGUGUGCUUAGUUAUCAAGUGGGAUUGCCUCGAUGCCAAAUUGACCAGACCUUUAACGCCUGAUAAAGUGAAACUGCUAUCAACAUUCAAACCGACUGAAUUAACAACUGAAAUCCUAAAUGAUUCAGAUACCAGAUUUACAUUCAAGGCUGUUGGGAUCAGUAGCUAUCUAAAAAUUGAUUUGCCUGAAACUGCAGCUGUGGUGAAUGUUUUGGAGGUGAAUAAGCUCUCAAUCGAUAGAGCAAUACAUAAUUUGGCUUGCAGGACCAAAUCUGAUGUCUCCACCGAAAAUCAAGUUCACAUCGAAAAUUUUCUGUUGACGUUCUCCAAACCGAAGCUACUACUGUCAAUUGAAAUUAUCAACUCUUUGAUAAUGAGCAACAAUAGAUCACUCUAUCAAGUGUCCUACAACUCGUUGUUCAACACUUCACUUGUACAAGAUGCUGCCAUCGUUUCAG